CACCCAUCAUUAGAAUGGCUACCAAAGUUAAAGAUACAUGUUCUAUUAUUCAUUUUUAUCUACACCAGUAGCUCAAAAGUUUAGACUAGCCCUCGUUCAGUGUCUCCCUGGCUCCAAUAAAGUCAAAAAUCUCCAGAGAGCAGCUGAGAUGGUCCGCGAGGCGGCCAGCAACGGUGCCCAAGUAGUUAGUCUGCCAGAAUGUUUCAACUCACCCUAUGGGACUCGUUACUUCCCUGAAUACUGUGAGCCUGUCCCGGACGGAGACUCAACGAGGAUGCUCUCAGAAUUAGCUAAAGAAACAAAGACUUAUCUCAUUGGAGGCAGUAUACCUGAAAAGUAUCAAGACAAGAUUUACAACACUUGCUCUGUUUUUGGCCCUGAUGGGAAUCAGCUUGCACUGUAUAGAAAGUUGCACUUAUUUGACAUAGACGUUCCUGGAAAGAUUAAAUUCACUGAAUCGGAUGUACUUAGUCCUGGACAGACCCCACAGACAUUUGAUACUGAAUGGUGCAAGUUUGGUCUUGGCAUAUGCUAUGAUGCACGAUUUCCUGAGCUUGCAGGUCUUUAUAGAAAUAGAGGUUGCAAGGUUUUAGUGUAUCCAGGAGCUUUUAACAUGACAACAGGCCCAGCCCAUUGGGAGCUGUUAGCAAGAGCAAGAUCAGUUGAUUGUCAGGUAUAUACUGCUUUCUGUAGUGUUGCUAGAGAUGAAAGUGCUACUUAUGUUGCAUGGGGCCACUCAUUGAUUGUAUCUCCAUGGUAAGUCAAUGCAUAAUGACAUUUAGUAAUAUUGAUCACAACUAUUCACAAUACUGGUAUUUCAUAAAAAAGAGAUAGGAG